AUGUUUGCAGCUCAGGAGGCUUCUUCAAAUAAAACGGCUGCAGUGGCUUCUUCUGCCUCAGUGACCACAAAAGAAAAGGUACAUGUACAUUUGUAAAUGUAGAAUAUUAUGAUUAUUAUUAUGGUUUUGGAAGCCAUCUUGUCAGGUUGGCAACCACAUGAGAAAUAACAGUGUUUUAUCAGUGUUCUUGACAUUAAGUUCUCAUAAAUUUUAUGAAAACCUAAUGUCGAUAAUUUCCGUAAAACACCCGUUCUGAAAAAAAAUAAAUUGUAAACUUAAGCUACCCAAAUUUUGGGCUCUAUACCUGUGGUUAAAUUUCUCCAGUCGCUUGCUUUAGAUUUUCCAUAUAUUAUUUUGUCUGCAACUUUUCCCAGUUUUAGUCGGCAGGAAGAAAAAUUUUUACAGACAAAUGUAUAGAAAAUUUCAAAAAGUCAGGUUCUAGCGCAGGUACUGCACUCAAAUUUUUUCAGUAGAAUCCUUAGGAGUGUACCCUGCGAGCAGUGGUUUCUCCUGGCCGGACGGAAGCUUUGGUUUACAAUUCAUAAUUUUUUUUCAGAACAGCUGUCUUACCGAAAUUACGUAUUUGACAUUAGAUUCUCAUACAAACACUGUAAAAUUCCUAGGAGCCAAUGGGUUAUAUAAAAAUGUCAAAUAAUAGUCAGGCAUAAAAUAAUUAUAUACAUCAUCAUUCUUAUUUUUUUGCAGUCAUCUUUACCCAAGGGAGGAUCCAACACAAAAGAAAGUGAGGACGACUUCUUUGAGCCUUGGUCUAGCAAAAGAUCAGGCAUUCUAGCAAAAUACACAACAUCAGAGAAGCUUUCUAUUACUACAGUAAGUUAUGUUACUUUCAAGUUAUUUUAAAAUUGUCUCUGAUGGUGGCAAUACAAAGAAAGUUCAAAUUUCUUUUAAUUUGUAAGGCAAAAAACAUCAGCAGCUAAAACAACAAAAUCUAAAUAAUGUUGUUGGUCAAUAUUUAUCAUUUCUUAAGACAUCUAUUGUUUUGGGUAACAAUAACAUUAUUCAUCUUCCUUAAUAAUAUUACCAAAACGCCCUUUCGAAAUUGUUCAAUCUUAGGGUUAUAACUCGGAUCUACAUUUAAAGUACAUUACACAAGGCCAGGAUAAAAUGAAAAUGUUUUCAUUUUAUUUUCCUUUUGUUUAGAGUUUCUUGUCAUCCAGUGAUAAAGAUAAAUGUAAGUAAAAUGACUUUAACUGAAAUAAAUGAACCAAAAAAAAAAGAUUAGUGCCAGUUUUCUCUCUCACACAACCACUGACUGAAUAGUCAAAGGAUUAGAGAGGUGAGAUUGGAUGUUAGCAUAUAAAGGUGCACUAUGCAGCCACUUCAGUCCACGUCUGAUCUCACCUGGCCCACCCAGACCAAUCAUUGUACUGAAGUCAGAUAGACAGUGACACGGAGGCCUGGGCUCCUACUCUUUCUGAACAAUGCCAAUCCCUUUCUGACUGAUGUGUAAGGAUGGAUGAGAGACAAGAGAAGGCUAAUGGCUUUAAUUGUCACUUCUCCAUGUUGGGAUCAUCCAAACUGAGAGUUUGUUUUAAUAAUCAUAGCUAGUAUGAUUUUAACACUUUUUUUAAGACCUUGGUUGGUGGUCUGGCUUGGCUUUGACCUCCUAAUCAGCAGACCAGCACUCUCACAACUGAGCUGACUGCUGGACAGCAGUUUUGCCACAAUUAUCUGCCAAUUUUAAUGUCUGUAAUUUUGCUUUUCUUAAGGCAUCCAUCCUCUUUCUGCAGUUUUAAUUUCAUUAAUUAUUGUGAUAGGACCUAUGAUCUUUGUUGAUCCAAAAAGAGGAUUUCCUUGGAGGAGAUAUUGUUUGUGAAAUUAUGUAAAUUGCAGCUUAACGUAAUUAACAUUUUAUUUACUAAUUACUGAUGUCAUUACUAAUGAUUUUUUAGGCAGAAAUCGUGAAAGAUGAUUGUUUUGGUAUUAAUAAUUUUUUUCUAUUAUUCUGACAACUGUCUUUUUCAGUUGUUAUCAAGCAGCAAACGACUGUCACAGAUAAAGUGAAACACAGGCUGGAACAGCUGGAUGAUUUUGAAGAAGUAAGCAAUCCAAGAUUUAAAACUCAUCAUAAACAAGAAUUAGAGCCUUCUCAUUCUGUUAAAAUGUUUUUAAUCAUCUUUCAGAUUCAUCUUAAUUGUUUUUUUUUCCAAAUCUAAUAUACCAUCAUGAUGUUAAAUUGACUACAGUUGGGACCAUAAUGAUUGUUCUUUUAUUUUCAUUUUUUUAUGCUAAGGGUUCUGUCAAAGAAAUGCUGAAUCUUAGUCAACAGGAUUAUGUCAAGAGAAUUGAAGAACUGAAUGAGGUAAUCUUAUGGACUACUCUAAUGCAAACUGAGCCGUAAUGACUGUUCUACUGGAGGGUUGAUCCUCAACACCCUUUGUUAUAUUAUACAGUACAUGUCCCAUCUUUUGGUGUUGUCUUCCCACUCUCAAAGUGUACUGUGACCCCUUCUUUAAAUCUUUACUCUACCUCAAUUUUUCCUGUUAAAUUUCUAGACCAGUUAUGAAUUUGCAUGGUCUAUUUCAUGUUAAGACAUGUAAUAUGGAAAAUGAAGAGUAACGGCUUGUUUGAUGUGUUGAUAUACUCAAUAUCAUAAUUACAUGGAAAAAUGUGUUUCAAAAAAGUUGAGUUUAAAUAACAGGGGCAUAGCCAUCUGUACGCACAGUGCAUGCAUUUGUGUCUGAAAAAAUCUUGGUGCGGUGGAGGAGGAGGGGGGGAGGAGGAUGUAGAAAAUUGUGCAUACCCAGGCUGGAAAAAUCCCAGCUGCCCCCCGAAUAAUUGAAUACCACUAGAUGGCAUUCCUUUGUGCUUGAUAUUGUGAAAAUUAAAAAAGUGGUAAUAGAACAGUUAUGCGCAAAUCAAAUCUGAUCACUCUUUUAGCGAUGGUUUCGUCUCCUGCAUAAACUACAAAUUUUCAUGAACAAGGCAGUCAAGUUUAUUCUGGCUCUUGUAGAUGGCCCAAAAAUGUUAUCAGCAGCUUAGUAGAUGUUGGAAACAGGAAAGUAUCAAAUACUAUGUAUAGUAUACUCUUAAUUUUUCUUGUGAUUAUUUCACUGGCCUAAACCAUGCUCCACCCAGGUUGUUAACAAGCCUUCCACAAAUAUCAACCCUGAACUAAUAUGAAAUGUUUUAUUGACUGUGAACAGGCUUUAAUUUCAGCUUGGGAAUCAGAUCAGAGAGUGAAAGCUUUAAAGAUUGCUAUUCAGGUUAGUUUAGUUGUGGUUAGUCCAGCUCCUAAUCCAGUUAUAUCUAUUUUGAUGCAAGUGAGCAGCUGCACGCAUGGACACCUUCUGUUAUCCUUAUGAGGACAUUUGCUGAUGGUACGGUGAUAGCUUGGAUUUAGCAACAAAAUUUCCUAAUUAGUCUCAAGCCAAAAAUAUUGAAACCCUUAAGCCUCAAAACUGAUGGAAAAACUCUCCAGCUAAGACUGUAGUUUAAAAUUUACAGUAUCGUAGUAGUAUGCAGCAUUGUAAGGUCAUUUUGGUAGCAUUAACAAUAAGCAUCAGGGCUGCAAAUAACGGCCGGUCAACGGACAAUGUCCGGCCUGAUCGCGGACUUGACCGGUCAAACUCCGGUCUUGCCGGUCAUUUUGACCGGUCAUUUCUGGAUACAAACACUUUAUUUUCCAGACAGUUGUCGCUUAAUGCUUUAUAACGCUGCAAUGAUUUCUUUUUUCUUUGGCGUUUUUUGCUGCUUUGCACUAAACCCUUUUAAGAAAAAGAACGCCCCAAUAAAUUAAUUUCAUGUCAUCAUGUCGUAAUCUAACGCAACAAAGUGAAUAACAAACUGAGUUGGAAAGUAACGCAACGUUGCAAGUCGUACUAUACUUUCGGCUUUGCUGUAAUCAGAAGUGUGACCUUCUUUGGGAAUUCGAAGGAAUUCAGGGAAAUCGAUCGCAAUUCUCAACAGGUCGUCCUUUGUUUCUCCGGGAAUAAAUGUUAGCGCAUCGAUUAAUAAUAAUUUCUUAUAUGUCGAACAUGAAUCUCGUUUGCAGACUCGAUUCCAGAAUGGUCUGAUAAAAAUUUAAGCUACUCAAGAGGGAAGGUCGUCGUCUAUCGCGGCGCUAGAUUCUCGUUCUUGUAAACAAUGCAAAUUUCUGUUGACAUUUGAGCCCUUCGCGAUAAAAUGUUGCGCGAUGACCCAAAUUUAUUUAUUGACUUCUGAUCAUCAACACGCUGUUUGUGGAACAAACUUCUCGCCAAUGCAAAUCAACUUCUUUGCCGAAAAUAUCAGCGACGAUUCUUCUUUGAGGAAGUGACUUUCGAUCACGUGCCAGGCAAGGAAAAAGACCAAGUUUCACCGAUGUUCAUUUCGGAACAUCAACGUAAAACAAGCGUGUGCAGAUUUUGUAAAAUUUGGGUAUUUUUUUCGUAUUUUUUAACGUUUGCUGAACUGUAUGUGUAUUCCGUUUCCCGAACCUUGGGAGUUUGAAAAGGAUUUACGCUUCACUUUUUACCUCUAGAGACUUCAGACACCGCCGUGCAAUGAUACUCAAGGUAGAACGUAACAUUAAAACGCGCGAAAACCGCGGAAAGGAACUCUACAACGUGCGAAUGCAUUUUUCACCAAUUUGCUGUCAAAAAUGUGAGCGUCAAUGUAGUAAUAACAAUCUAUUGCCAGCAUAAUUGGAUAUUCCUUAGGCAAAAAAAAAUUAAUAGUAUUCAUUAUUUGACCGGCCAGAAUCGGGGUUUGUCCGGGCUAAAAAAUAUUUGGCCGGUCGUCAUGACCGGCAACCUGCUGUCCGUUAUUUGCAGCCCUGAGCAUGGAAAACAAAUAAACAAUAAUUAUUGUUGAGUCAACCAGGCUGAGUUUUUGUAGCAGGCCAGACUUACAGUCUGAAGGUCUUGGGGUUUACCUGUUGCUUUGAUGACUGGUUGUGAUGAGUUCUGAGCUCCUCGGUCAUGCAUUGCAUGGCAUGUAGUACAGGGUAUAUGCCUUCUACCAGUUAAGAUAUUUAACCUUAGUUGUUAAUUUAAGUGGGAAUUAUUUCUUUCAACAUUUUUUGCCUUACUUGACUAAAUAUACUGUACUUACUGGUAUUUGUACUUUAUAUUGUUGUAUUUCAUUUGCCUGCAGUGUGCUAAGCUUCUUGCGGAUGUGUCUGUAAUUCAGUUUUAUCCCAGCAAAUUUGUUCUUGUUACAGACAUCUUGGAUACAUUUGGUGAGUUUGUAAUCAGCAGGAAUUCCCUUAACUCUGUAGCCGGAAUGAUGGUCAGUGUGAAAUGUAAACUUGCACCAAGCAAAUUUCCAAUUUAAUCACCAAUGUUUUUUGAUUGGCGACUAAACAGACACAUAGCAAAUUGAGUUAUGGUGCAAACAUGUUCAAAACUCCAAAACAUCCGCUUCCAUAUUUGUUUUUAUUCACGAUUCACACUGGUAAUUUUUUGUAUUUUUAUAUUCCAAUUGUUAUGGUCAAACCUGUUCACCAUAUUUGACAUCCCAAAAUAAAAACAUUUUCUCUUUGAAAUCAGGCGCUGGUGUGUCUGUUCUUCGACAGGUCGUAGGUACAGCUGUAAUAUUAAUGCCCAUAGAAUAAUCAUUGUAUAAACUUGUAUUAGAUUUUAACUGGUAUGCAACCAGUGCUUUUCCUCUGCAACUUCUUCAUUUGAAUGUGCAGGCUUCUUCGAUGUAUGUCAUGUUAACUGCUCUUUGCAUUGUAAAUCUUAAAUCAAGUGACUUUUUUUAAUGGUUGCAGGGAAGCUUGUGUAUGAAAGAAUAUUCCGCAAAUCCAGCACUUUUAUGCCAGGAAGUAAUAUGCCAACCAUGCUUCCAGGUAGAAAAAAAUUAAUAGUCUGUAAUAAUAUUGGUAUCAGUAUUAUUAAUUGUAUAAAAAGAAAGACAAGUCUUUAUUGUAUCUGUGAGGAAUGUUUAUGCUUCUUUUGGUGAAUGGCUCUUCAACUGAGUCAUGUUCUGGCUGCAUAUCUUCUGUUAGUGCUGAAGUGACUAACGUUCCAUCUCAGGUCACCUUAUUGUAAUGUUUUGUCUUAAGAUACAUGUAUUGUCUUUAUCUUUACCCAGAACUUUGUUUUUACUAUCCAGUUUAAUUUUUAAUAUUUAACGGCAUUACAUCCAUUAUUUUUUGUUUGUCAGAAAAUUUUACCCCUGACCAGGUACCCGACUCUGCUAAGGAAACCUGUCGAAACUGGUUUUACAAGAUUGCCUCAGUGCGGGAACUUAUCCCUCGAUUGUAUCCUGUUCAAACAAUACUUUAGAGUACCUUUCACUACAAAGUAAUUCUUGUUGAUAAAGCCGUUUUAGCUUAACUCUGAUACUGCCAGUUUUUAAAACAAUAUUUGAUUAUAAGGUAAAAACGAAGUAUGAAUCGCAUUUGUUUUGUUUCCAAGAAGGAAGAAGCACAGCGCCUGGGACUGAAUACGCAUUUUUUAAGGCGUACCACAUUUUUUUGAAACAAACAUGCACUUGUUUUGUUGGAACAGAUUGCUGUUUACUGGUUAUUCAGUCUUGAUAACUAACCUUGACUUAUUGAAGCUAUGUGGAGACGGCAAUCCUGAAAUGCUACAAUUUCUUAACAUCUGGGUACGUUGCGCCCUUAAAUUGUUUUACGUGUACCAAACAAAGUCAUUAUUGCUCUAUAGUAUUGAAUGGUUUUUUUAGCUGGAAUGCAAGCUGUACUAUGAGUCGUCAUGUUCUUGUAAUUUCAGAGAGUUCUCACAGGGUCUUGUUCGUCUCACAAAGAUGAUUCGCGGCAUUGGUGAUCCUCUUGUGGCGAUAUAUGCAAGGACCUAUAUCUGCAGAGUGAGUGUAGUAUCUUACACGUUUAUUUAACAUUUAGGUAUUUUUACCAAAUAUUCAAGUUCGAAGGGUACUUUACAACCUACUCCAAUAACGAUCCAUUUUAUUUUAAUUGCGAUCGUUUUAGAUGUAAUAAAGAACAAUGGAAUCAAAUGCUUAGUAGUUUGCUUCAUGUAAUAUUGAGCUCCUUAAUGGAACUGCGUCUGAAAUGAUCUUUGAUUUUGUCAGGUUGGUAUACUCGUCGCACCUGAUGUUCGUGAUCAUCUGAUUGAGAACCUUUUCAGCUUCAUCGUCAGUUAUAAACAGGUAUUAAAUUACGCAAAGCCAACACGCUCAAGUUAGUAGCCUGCCGCCGAGUAACAAGCUUUUCCGCUUGAGUUACUGUACGAAAGCUGAAACGAGAGCAAAACAAGUAAAUGAAAGGGGGUGGGGGGGAGAAGGAAACGCUUGCCAGUGGGGUUUGCGGGCAAGCGUUUCCUCUUCUCCCCUCCCCCUCCCCCUACCUCCACUUUUUUUUAUCUCACUCCAACUUUCGCUCAAUAACGCUAGUGGAAGCGCGGCUUGCCACACAGGCUACAGAAUAAAAUGGUUAUUCACAGUACAAUAAACAAAGGAGCCGUUGAGAUCUUAAAGCAAGUGUAGUCGGUGCAAAAUCCUGCAGGAGGGAGCGCGCGAGAAUAUUACUGUUGGGUAUGGUUUUCCUCGAAAACAAAUUAUACUUUGUCGAAAAUGUUAUCCUGUCCUUUCUUUUUUGUCACUAUUUUAGCUUCAGAGCGAUACAGUACAGAAUAUCCUUGCUGAACAACGACUUGGUGAGUACAAACGGUAGAGGAAAUGGUAAAAAAUUAUUGAGAAACCACAACGACGAGCGAUGCCAUUUAUAGAAGACUAUAAAAGACAAUUUUUUUUACUGUUGGCCCUUUUCCGAAGUUUUGUAGUAAAUUCAACUGGGCUUGACUUUCGGUCUGCAACUCAGUCCAGGGCAUCUACCAUGACUAAAGGUCUCGUUACCAAUGAUGGUAUUGCUUGUUGACUAAAGGACAAUAGGCGACGGCAGCAGCAAAGAAAACGUCGGCAAAGCAUCGGACGUUUGGCUGAUAAUACAAGGGCUAUGUUUGAUUUCUUUUUUUUAUCUUCGAUACGGUCCUUGUUGAUUAUUCAGAGUAAAGAAUCUGCUUACAGUUUACAAGUUGAGCAAGUUGGAAUAAUGGUGAUGAGUUCAGUUGAAGAAACGCUUGUCAAUAUUUCGUUACUGUCGUCCUCGUCGCCUCUUAAGUUCUCAGUGUAGGAACGACGAGAAGGGAGGGAUCGGACAUGGAUUGGAUCAACCCUGUAACCCUGUUAUUUAGUGAGUUACAAGGGUUGAUCCCGCUAUCCGGCCCGAUGUUCGUUUUGUUUGGUAUGUCUAUAAAAUACUUGUGGACAUGUUGGCCGGUAAAGACAACAUUGUUUUCCUUGUGUAAUUUCAGAGAUGCCUCAGUACCUUCAGCUGUAUCCACCUGCUUUAGACUGGAUCUUACAGUGUAUUGCACAAAAGAGCCCUGAAGUAAGUCACAUUACAAACUGCUUUUGUUUGAUCCCCCUUGCACAAUUUCUAGACGACUUUAUUACUAUCGCGUAAACCAUCAUCAUUCUAGACACCUAUGAGUUUUCUUGAAAAAUUCAACACAAAUUUUUAAAAAACAAUUAAGUAAUGGUUAAAAGGGCCGGAGACAUUGAACUAAAGUGUGCUUGUUUGCUUAUUUAACCAGUCCACCCUUACCGAUAUUUUGAAUCGCUGUAAGCAAGAAUGUAACAGGUCAGUAAACCAUCUGCUCGUGCGGUUCAGCUGUUUGCUUGAGCUGUUCUAGGUUUCCGCCUCAAGUUUUGUGUUUUUCUUUUUAUCUCAGUGCUUUGCUGUUAAACUCGAUUAUCACAGCAUUCAAACCAGAAUACAUUGCAGAAAGGUACGUAUACAGUUUAUUCCUUAGACCGCUGCGGACUGCUUGUUGUGAGUCACCUAAAUACUCGGAGAGAUUGUAGCGAGCGAACGGAGGACUUUCUUUGCCAGAUUCCCUCUCAAUACAGUAAUUCAACCCGUUUUCUUGACUGUCAAGGAAGGGUUGAAAAAAAAAAAAAGAUAUCUAAAAAAGAUAGUAGGUCAACGCCAAAGGGGUAAAUGGGAUCAAGCAAGACACUUUUACUGUCAACCACCUAUUAUUAACGUAGUGUUGUUGUAUUCAGAGUAUUUUUUAUUUCGCUCUUUAACACACAAGAUACUGCGUACAGUUUAAUUUACCUUCAGUUUUGCUGCACUAAGAAAACCAAAUUAUCCGCGUGAUUUGUGUAACUAUUUUUCAAUACAGGGCUUUGCAGUUCACUGAACUCAUCAGGAAUUGUGAGGAAGCAGGUUUUCCAAAGGUAACCAUGACAGUUUUGCUUGACACAAAUGCGGUGUCUUCGAUUCCUUUUACAAGAGUAGAUAAAAAGAUAACGGCAUUGUAUAACAUGUUUCGCCUUCCACAAACAAAUUUAUAAGAAGGCAGUGACACGGUAACAUUUGGCACACAAGCCAUUAAUCAGUUAAACACACAGCCUGAUUAACACAAAAACUACAGACUUGGUUUAUAAACUGUUUUAAUUGUUAUUUUGUUUAUACUUAGCACCACCUUUACAGAUCUCUUGGACUGAAUUUAAGUCUUUGCGAUCCUCCUGAAUCACAGAGGUUACAAAUUUUGAGCGAGGUAAAUUACGUGUGAUUGAUUUUCAACUUCCAGGUGUGCCACUGUUAGAAAAACGCUGAAAAGUUUGUCGUUUUCUCAUUAGCCAUCUUAACUUUCCGAGAUUUUUUCUGCGUGUUUGUUGUUUUGAUAUUCAGUUUAAAAACAUGCAUGUUAAAAAAGAAAUAUGUUAUUUUUGAUGACUUGCGACAUGCAGUUACGGACAAAAAUUGAACGAAUAGACGUGAGUUCUUUCGAGAGCGAUAAGAGUUGAGGAGAUACCUCAAGUGUGAUGUCAGCCUGCUACUCCGUCCAGCAGUCAGUCUUUACUAGCCCUGAACUCUUUCUGUUCUAAUUAACUAAGACCACGUUGACAAUGCAUUUUGUCAUAAUCUGUGUACAAUAUGAAUUAAUCAAGCGCGUUUUUUUUUGUCAGGUCUGGAAAGUGGUGAUGAAAAUGAAAGACCCGGUGGUGAGUUUGACUUCCUUUAACCCACAAGGCUUGUUAUCAUGAAACACUUAUGUUUUAUUAAGUCAUAACAAACAGUCUCAAGUGGAAUAAAUUCGUAGCACGACAAAUUUCCUGAUCCUGUUUUAUAAAAACGACCAUGAGACGCAGAAGAGUUGAUUAUUCCUUCAAUCCUCCCUAGAACUACAUCAGCUGCGCAGAGGCCUGGAUCGAGUACGUCUGUAAGCACUUCACGGUAAGUAACCAGCUACUGCCUGAUUUUGUGCAUUGGCCGAUUUUUAUCACUUGUUUGCCCCCCGAGAAUCCAUGUGACAUUGCUCUUAUCCCGUCAGUCCUCAAGCGCGUGUAAAGAUGGUGAGUAUCGUGAAUAAGGGCCAGGGGUGUAGCCAGGAUUUUUCAAAGGGGGGGUCACAGAGGCUACUCACCAGACUAUAUAUGGUUUAUACCGCUGCUCUCCCUCGUGUAUCAGCGGGCUCAGUCGUAUUAUCGCGGCAUGAAGGCCCAUAUUAACAAAUUUUAAAAAAGUGUGCUUUUCAACAAUGGCUUUUACGGCCAAGAUAUUGUCAUGGCGUUUUCGCCACCUGAAUAUUGUACGUUGUUUGCUCAAAAGAAGGCCUACCAAAGGGGGGGUCUCGGGCACCCCAGGACCUCCCCCUAGCUACGCCCCUGAGGGCUAUUGAAGAUGAUUUGGCGGAAUCCAGUAAAUGUAAUUAAGGUUUUAAAUUUUUUAUACCAUUUCAUCCCUGAUGAAUUAGUAACACCGUGCAUAAAUAAAGAUUACCUACCUACCUAUUUUAACAUCGAUGGAGGUCAGCAUGUUUUAGCUUGUUUUUAAACUAGGAAUUAUUUUGAAUGAAUAGUAAAACAAUUAUUGAAUUCGGCUUUUGUAUCAUCUGAAAAAUUAUGGAAUUCUCGGAGGGUGUUAUCCGCCUCCGUCGGGUCUAAUUGGCCUCGGCGGACAACGUCCUCCGCGAUGUCCAUAAUUCUUAAGUUGAUAUUCAGCCUCAUCCAAUUAUUGUUGAUUAUCCAACCAAAUUUGCCAGAAGGAUACCGUCUUUUUAUUUGACAUUGCAAAAUUGACGCGAUUGCCUUCAUAAAGUUCACUAAAAGGUUCGAGGACCGUAAAAUCUUUACCCAGUUUUGCUGGUUAGCGUUGUAAUGCAUAACUGUGGAGGUGUUCCCACAAGAAAGGGUAUAAACGAACUGGCAGUCGGUUUUGUUUCACUUAUCAUGAGCAUAGCCAAAAGGUAACAGAAAGGGCAUUAAAAGCAUCCUUGUUGUUACCUAAGUAGCUAUCUGAGCAGUAAGUACUGGACAAGUUCGUUUAUAGUAAUUGCUCUUCAGCCCCGUCUGCAACCCUGCUUAACACACAUGUUCUAUUGACGUCUAUGAAACAGGUCGUCUAACACUCGUAACUAUUACCAUGUGUCAAUAAAGGCUAUUGAUUGAUUGAUUGAGUGAGUGAAAUGUGCAGCAUUUCAGGGACUCCAUUCUUUAUUUUUGAAACGAAGACAUUUCGAAAUAAAUCUUAUGAUUUAUUUAAUUUAUUUACUUUAUUUCCUUUGUUCUCUUUAAAAGAAACGCGAGAUAAACACUCUCCUCGGUGACGUUGUCAAGCAUAUGACACCAGAAAGAGCAUUUGAACAUCACUACCCUCAGGUAAAUAUGUUCUAUAUGAGUAUCUCUUCUUAGAGAUUUUAGUGCUUCGGCUCGCAUAUGUAAACGGUGCAUUCUAUUAAUUUUGUUUUCAGCUCCAAGCAAUCAUGUCCAAAGUACUGGAUCACAUGCAUGACUUUUCAGUUCUAGUUUCUAUGGUGAGUGACUUCUUUGUCGUAGUUCUUCCAAAAAGUCUUAAUUUAUAUGAACGUGUUUUAUGGUAAGAAUUGUAACGAAUGGUAACAGCGCCGGGUCAAGGCGGUCAUGCUGGUCUACCCUUACAAUGAACAAUUAGUGGAUAAGUCAGGGAAUGAGUAUGACCAAAGAAAUGAUGCAGAUCGAGAAGGAUGUUUUACUAUUGGAUGAUUGAAGUAUAUCUUCCAGUUUGGUCGGCUUUAGGCGUCAUGAAAAAUCAGCCGGGAUAUUAAAAAUGAAAGAAAUGGAUCAAUAUUUCAGUGGAAUAGUGAAAUUAAGUGUUUGCACAGAACAAAGCAUAUUUCCCAGACGGAAGAGAUUUUAUUGUUUGAUUUAAAUUUUCUAGUUUGUUUUACAAUCAUUUUCAUACAUCACCAUACCCUAAAACAAAGGGAAAUAAGAUUUAAUCCAACGAUAAAAUUGAACCACAACAUGUGCACCAACUUGAAAACCGUGACAUUAUUUGAAUUCGCCCUAGACUGAAUUUGUUUGUUUGUUUGCUUUUUAAUUGUAGGACAAAUUUCUGCCUUUCUUGGAUAUGUUCCAGAAAGAAUCUAUCAAAGUAGACAUGUGUAAAGUGAUCGUGGAGGCAUUCGUGAAGUGAGUAGCUCAUAGAUAACCUGAGAUCAGGCUCAAUUUUCGUUUCGCUUUGUAAUAACAUUCCGGCGGGCAAGGCGAAACGAGUAUUAGCCGUUAGAGAGAAUGUAUGAGAACCGCUAAAAUUGGGCCUGAUCUCAGGUUACUCAUACAGGGCAAUGUCUACAUUUUUGAUCAGGUUGUUGGUUAUCACAGUUUAGCUUCAGUUUUCAUUUUCAAUAAGCCUUUUUAUUGCAAACUUUAAAUCUAAGCUAGUGUUAUAACCGACGGUUACCUGUUUGCUGAGCGCUUCGCUGUAAUGCGUACAAGUACAGUUUAUGACCUAGUACCGAUUAACGCUGGAAUCUCUCUUCCACAUCACGUUUUUAAAAGUCAACAAGUUUGACUUACAAUUUAAACUUGUAAGAACUUUUAUGCUGCUUCUUUGCUUAACUUGAAUAACCCGCUUAAUUUUGUAUUUUUGUAUUUGUUUGUCUUUUUUUUACGUAUAAUAGUGUGAAACUUGCGAUAUGUCGCUUUUGAUGUGUAGAUUGUAGAUUGUAGAUGUAGAUGUAAAACCUUAAAGGCUCUUUAGACUCCUCGUCCACGAGAAACAAAAAGGACUGGAAACAAAGAUAAUAAAACAAACAAAAGUGGCGAUUAGCAAAAGCUACAAAAGCUACAAAAACUUUCUCAUUGUACAGGAUUAACAGUUAUAUUGUUAGUAAACGUGAUUGUGUUGCAGAUAUCAAGAGGGGACCUCUGACGACCCAGUUGUGGUGAAUGCCCUGUUGUUUAUCUGUAAAACAAUGCAUGACUCUGUCAAGUAAGUAACAAAAAAAGUUCACGCAGGAGCCUGUUCACGGCAAUAUAUAAAAUGUUAGCUUGGACAUGUACAUAGUGGCUUAAUCAGCCUCGGCCACGUUUACAUUUAAAUGGCAAGGAAGAAUUUAAUUUGGCGUUUUUCAUGUGCUUGCCAGUUCAGGACAGGACAAGACAGGAAAAUCUGUAAAUAAUAACUUUUGUUGUCGCUGCGUGGCACUGAUGGCAGUGACGUCAUUGUCAAGCUUGAACCUGUUCCCGGUAUCUUAUCUUAAUUGCCUUGUACAUUCAAGUUUCCACAACUGAGUUGAAAACAAAACGCUGUUCUGAAUAAAAGUAAAUUUACGACUAUUUUAAGCCUCCAAGCACUGUUGUUCCGUUAUUUCAAAAGAGAUUCCAUGUUGUUUUCAAGGCUGACAUGUUGUGCCGUUUUACGGUUGAUUUUUCUUUAGUAACUCUGAUUUUAUUUAACGUUAUGGACUUAUAUGGGCAUUGAUUGUAUUUUUCUCACGUGCUAUAGCUUGUAGUGUAAACCCGAUUGUAAACCCCACUUUUCUUAAGCUCCAGAUUUUUCUGGAGCACAUUUUAUAGUCCUUUUCUUUUAUUUUAACAGCGCUUUAACUCUUAUUGACGAGAAAAGGCUUCUUGGUCAUCUUAUCACUGGAUUUCUGCGUAAGGUAGGUGUGUUGAAUGCGCCUUGAUGACUUUUUCUUACUCAAGAGUGAUCUGUGAUGUCGGAGAGAAAGGGUCAAGGCAACCAUGUAUCAGAACGGACAAUGAUCGUGGGUAACUUAGCAAAAGUAUAGUUUCCACUUCUUUUAUCACUUUCUGUGUGUUUAGUUGCCUCCUUUCCAUCAAAAUACAUGUGUGACUAAGAAAAAACAAGGGUACUGUUGGUUGCGUGCAGGGUAAACCAUGUAACGGCGUUGUCUUGUAAUUUGUUGUCACUUCUUAAUGUUGCAGAUUGACUUUGGCCGUGAUUUUGAAAGGCAGUUGGAUUCGUAUGUGGAUGCUCGUUCAUCGUUCUCGAAUCUGGAAAGUGUCCUAGUAAUGCUGGUUCAGGUAGUAGCAGACAAACAACCAAGCUUUGAUCAUUGAGUGUGGAGGUUCCCGGGUGACUAAGGUCCUGUCUUACCUUCUUCUUUUGAACAGAGUGUGAACUUGCUGGCCAUGAGGACUCGCCAAGUAGUAAAAGGAAAUCAUACUCGAAAAACCUCCUCAUUUAUCAGGGUAAGAAUGCUGUAUUCAUCAGCAAAUUCUCUGAAGCAUGACUGGGGCAAACGGUCCAAAAUAUCCUAAUUCUUAUUCUGAAAUUUUUGGUACAUGUAUUAAUUUCCAGAACAAUUGUCUUCUUGACUGAGGUUUUUAAAUUUGCUUCCCCUUCUGUGAACGUGGCUUAUAGCACGGCAAUGGCUAUCAUAAGCGGCUUCAGAGGGGCGCCUAGGGGCUCGCCCUUCCCCUAUAGCUGACAAAUGUCCCUUCUCCUCUUUCUGAAUUAUGUGGAAUCGCCCCUGGCUAUGAUUAACCUUUCUUGGUUGAAAUGUUAGGGGUCAAUUUGUAAGUGUAAGUGUAAUUGUAAAGAAUUUGUAACUGUAACUUGUAAUUAUAAUUUGCUCACCAACGGAGCACUUAGGAGUUCUUUAUAUGAACUCGUUGGAACGUGUCCGUGCGUUCGAGAUCGAAUUGGAAUUUGGACAUGUUGGUUUUUGAGGACAGGGGAAAAACGGUGUACCCGGAGAAAAACCUCUCGUUGCAAAGGAGAGAACCAACAACAAACUCAACCCACAUAUGGCGUCGACGCCGGGAUUUGAACCCGGGCCACAUUGGUGGAGGCGAUUGCUUUCAUCACUGCGUCACCUUGGCCCCCCUUAGCUGUUUGCACAAAUCAUUUCUUAUCUUUCUUGGCCAAUCGUCGAAAAUUGCGUACAGUCACCGUACAUUGUACAUUAACCUGACUCCGCUCUCAAUGUACCAGAUUAAAGGAAAACAUAUUGAAAAUAAUCACUAUAUAAGAGACACAAAACUAGGAUUUAGUUUAUUUUGCAGUUUUAAUUGUAUCUUUCUACACUUCCGCAGGCUUGUGUGGCGUUCUGUUUCAUCACUAUCCCCUCCAUAGAUGAUGUAUUCCUCCGCCUAAAGCUCUACCUCCUGUCCGGGCAGGUUGCCAUGGCAAACCAAGCCCUAAGUCAAGGUGAGCAGCGGUAAACAAACCAAACCAAUUGAAACUUUAUGAAAUACUGACCUCGUUUCUUUCAAACUGUUUGCGUUUAUUCCGUCUUGUUCAGUUUUCUGAAAGUUGAAAGGGGAAUGCGUCUGCACCAACACAGAUGCAGUAAAAUUUUUCGGCUUGCUAUUCUCGUUCUCAACAAUCCUAAAAGUUGAUUGUUUCAGCAUGUCGUAGUUGUUCAGAAGACGGCAAAGAAGUUUACAGAAGAAAGCGUGUUGAAACCUGCAAAGUUUUUUUGAGCAAUUAAACCAUUGUUUUUUUGACGCUCCCGAUACCGUCGCCGUAGUUGUUUGGCAAGGUCCCUAUUUCAAUACUAUACGAACAAUUGCUGAUUCCCGGCUGAGUUUUCUAGGGGCGUACGGAUUUUAGUACACCCCCCCGAAGCUAAAGGUUCCUACGAAUCCGAUUGAACUAUAAUUUACCUUUUUUUUUUCUACUCGUUUCAGCGGAUGCCUUUUUCAAGGCCUCCAUUAGUCUUAUUCCAGAAGUACCUCGUACGAUUGGUAAGUCUGGGGGCUCAGUAUUGAGUUGUUACCCUCUCUUGAUAUCUCCUGAUUCAUAGAAAGUUAAAGGGUUGAUGAUGAUAGCAUUACAGUGGAACCCUGGUCUACGGACACUCGCUUAAUACGAACAGUUUCGUUUUCCCCGACGAAAAGCUCAUAAAUUUUCUUUAGAAUUAACCGGCUUGUUACGGACACCUGUUAAUACGGACAACGGACACUUUUCUGUUUUCCGAGCCACAAACUCUCCUGUGUUUUCUGCCCCGCUUUUCGGACACUGGUUGUCCGCGCACCGUCUAUUCUCAUUAGGGCCAUUUAUACGAGGAAAAAUAAGACGCGUCUUACAUAAGACGCUUCUUAAAUAAGACGCGAACUGUACCAUUUAUACGAGCAUGUCUUAUCUAAUAAGACGCGUCUUAGCUAAGCCGCGUCUUAUUUUAGACGAAAUGUGCCGUUUAUACGGAAAGUUCGCGUCUUAUUGUAAACAUUGUACUGUGUUAAAAAAUGAAUUUCUACGGGUUAAUACGAUUUUAUUUCAUUACUCAGCCCGUCUUUCAUCCGCUGUUUGACCCUACUACUGUGGCUCUUUCAUAAAGUUUUCAGCCUCCCAUUAAACCAUUUUCACUUUCUUGGCUUUUUCCUUCAGUCACUCGUUGCUCCUUUGUAUCUUUAUAUCGAUCAAACAUGUAUCUGUGACUUUAUUUUCUGAGAGCCCGCUUAAUACACACACCUGAUUUUCUGAAUUUAAGGGAUGUAUGUUAUAAUCUAAGGGGUGAGAGCAAUAACUUGGCACAGUCUUCAUUUUAACACUGAGUGGAUGCAUAAAUCCUUUUCAUUUAUCGCUAGCUAGCUAAGGAAUAAGAUAUCGUUAUUUAUUAGAAGCUUCAAAGUAUUUAAAAAGGCUCUACAAAAGUUAAAUUUAGAAUCUUUCUACUAGCUUUCAACUUUUAUUUGUAACUGGAGUGAUUUUACUUAACCCGUGAAUCAAUAUCUGACAGUUAGCGCCAAAUAGUUACAAGCUGACAGAAGAAAACAAUGAAAUUAGUGUAGUACUGCAUAGUAGUCUUCUAUCUAUUUCACGUGUCAAGUGAAAUCACUCUUUUUUUUAAAAUUAUUAUCACGUGCACGUUCGAACGAGCUUUAUUGUAAGCUCCUAGGUGUUUAUGUGUAUAAAUAAACUACCUUACCCUGAUAAUAUGGACAAUAUUGCAUGCCCCCUUGCUGUCCAUAUUAACCGGAUUCCACUGUAGUAGUCUUGGAGAGUAAACAAAUGUUUUCUUCCGUUUAGCCACACCAUAUCGUUGACGAGAACGGUUUAUUUCCUGAACGCAUGGUAAAAAAGGCACUAAAAAUGGACAAACGAUGUUGACCUUCUGGAUUCAGGGGGGUUAUUUCGCAUAUUUACUAUAGGAAAUCUGGGAUACUCUCUUGUUCCGUAGUGCGUCUAUAAAUAUUUCGUUAUGAUGGAACACCUUAGGCCCAGUAAAGCCCUUAAGGUUACUGUAACAUCAGUAAACGUAAAUGAGAGCAAACUCUCCUUACGCUGUUCUAUUAUUUAUCAUUUAGAAAUCGAUCACAAGGUGAAGCCGUCGGAACCAUUCCUUGUGGAGUACAUGAACAAUUUCUUUUCCACUCUGCUGGUGGUGCCGGUAGGUGGUGUAGUCCUUGUGUUAUAGCUAGAACAAGCACUAUUGUCUUAUUCUUGUACUUGCAGCAGUAUGAGUACGUCUCAGUUUUCCCAAUAUAAAAAGUCCUUCAGUUUUUCCGUUGUUAGUUAUUUUAUUUGUUUGUUUUCUUAAACUUUUGUUAGUCUGCUUAUACGCAGUUCAAAAUAUGAUUCAUUUCAAAUAUUUUGGUCCAAGAUCAAGGUGAUUUUUAUGUAAGAAGUAAGAGGGGUUGGUGUCAAAAUAUAUCCAUCCACCGCUGUUAAUUGAGCUGAUCUUCGUGUUUUGUUGAUUGUAGGAUUCACCUGAUCAAGGAGCUUUGUAUCUGGUGCGAGGUCUGCUGAAUGUUGUGCAGGAAUACACCUGGGAGUUACAUGGCGGCUCUAAAAUGACCAUUUAUCUCAACGCCAUUGGCCUUCUUUCCGCCAUGAGUCAGGUUAGCGCUACUUUUUUAGAAGACAGACUCGCUUCAUUUUGAUCGCCAGUUACAAAGCCACUCUGACUUGUGUCAAUACCUUAUUUUCCCAGGAUUAUUUCAUCUAUCACGUUGAAAAAGGUAGGAAUUUUUUAUUUGGAUGCGACUGAAACACUCUCAAAGUAAGAUAAGACUCUGUCUUUUGACACAAAUUUUCUCUUUCUUUCUUUUUGUCCGCAGUGGAUUCAAACGACCGACUUUACGGUUGUGACAAGAAGUUUCUGGCGGAAAUCAGUCAUAUAGUUUCUACGUUAAUGGAGGCAGUAUUUGAGCAUUUGAAAUCUCUAACGUCUGAGGAAGUAAGUGCAAUUUGUCCAUCAGUUGUUUGAAGUACUUUGUCUUACCCUAUGUUUUGAUGUCCUUAAAUCAGCUUCAGUUUAAGAACUCACGCUUUGAGGAUACGAAGAUAACAGAUGAAAUCAGAACCAAGGCUGGGCUGGAGGGUGGGGGUGUUCUGUCAUACUUUUUUUUAGAUCCCUUUUGCGUUAUACCCCUGCGCGUCAAAGGAGGCUGGAAAAUAGAACUCCUCUGUAAUAAUUUGACGUCAUGUUAUUUGUUGUUCUGUAUUUCCCAAUCAGGAGUUAAAAAAGCAGGCGGCAAUUGCCAUUGGAUUCUUUAACAGGUAAAUGCUCAGUAUCUUUCCGUUAACACCGCUUGAGUCAAAAAUAGGAACCGAUGAUGUAGCUAAGUGGGGUCUGUUCUUGUUUAUUACAAGGAUGGUGUGCCACGCUGACCUUUUGCAGGCUCAGUUGCAAACUCUGGCGCUGAAUUUGUGGAAUCUCGCUCAGAAACACGGUUUUGGUAACACUAAAUACACAGUAAGUAUUCCGCUGGGUGUAUUUUACUUUACAAUGUGGUUUUAAUCUCGCAGUCUUAGUGAACUACUAAACUGUAAAUAUCUAAAUGAGAGCAAAAAAAAUUGCCUUUUAUUUGAGUGCCAAUGUAUUUAGCACGGUAGUACUAAUUAGGGACCGCCAUUUUACUUGGUCAUCCGAGCCACGCGAAGGUCUAGCCAUUUGCAGGGUAAAGGUAGUGCAUUUGUGAGUCAUUUUAAGACCUUGAGGGUUGGUCCGGUCCCGGGAAUCGAACCCGCGACCUCCCACUCUGCCGUCAAGCGCUCUACCGACUGAGCUAAUUCUGCUGCGGCAAUUGAACAGUGCUUUUCUUUGGAUUUAUCUCAAAUUACGUUUAUGUCUGGCCGAACGCUAAAUUAUGCAGCGACUAGGGCGAAGCGCUAAUUAAGGUUAGGUGAAUGUUGUGCAUUGAUGAUAGUGUAUUUGGACGUCAACAGGUUCGCACUUUGGAGUACGUAAAGCAGAAAGGAGCCUCUGGGAGCAAGGAAUUUGCCGCGAUAGCUCAGAAAAUGAACCUGCAGUCAAGAGCCUGAUACGUACUUUACAAGUCCUCAGUGGAAUUGAACCAUUUCAUUGACUAGUAGAAACAGUUUCUUGAGGACGAUACAUGUUUAUAUUACUGGCGGUGAUUUAAAUCCAUUUUACGAAGGGACCUGAGGAAGAUUUGAAGCCCCUGUCCGUUUGCUCAAAAGGUCGAGAACAGUGAAUGAAUAAUCGUAAUGGUGUUUUUAUGCCCAGAGAUGCAGGUAAUAUCGAAUUUUACAAUUUGGCAAAAUCUCGCCAAAUCUGUUUAACUGAUACUCUGAGCUUGGUUAAAUUUUCGUUAUAUUCACUGUGCCUCUUUCUUUACUAAAUUAUCUGUAUUUCUGGUGCUAUCUGGCUUCAUUAGGUAAAAAGUGAGACCAAGAAGACCAUAUAGGUAUUUCACCUGGGGUCUGACAAAGAAACUGCGGAAAAAAGGUUAUGAUUGCGCAUUUCCCUUCUGUCUUACUCGCAUUAGAGACUGAACUAACCCAGUCUAUACCAGACUUAUGCGCGCGCAGAUCCAAACUACGGUGACACUGUGUUCCUUUGAAUAUUGAAAAUAGUAACUUGAUAGAUUAUUUUAUUGAUCAGAUUUAGCUUUUUUGCAUUGAAAAUGUAAUGUGUAAAAGAACAAAAAUACAGUG